CGAUAAAACACGUAUGUGUUUCAGGUGUUCUCAAAAACUUGUUUUGAUACUGCGCGAAACUGUACGGUAUGGUACAUACAUUACGUGCAGGCGAGCUCCAGCGCAACGAUCGAAGUGCUGAUGAUGUGUAGAACGUAACUGAUCUGCUUUGCAACGAGUUGUCUGAGACAGAUUUGUUGUGUGGUUCGUCGUCUAGAUGUCAAUCCAUGUCUCGACGACAACGACUUCAGUCGAAGGACUUCAACGACAAUUGCAGCACACAAUUAUAAUUCUUCAACGGAUACACAAGAAAUCAAAAUGAAAUUUUACCUCGCCUCCAUCCUUGCUCUUGUUGGUUCCUCCAAUGCGUUCGCGCCUGCUGCAAAGCAAUCUGUGCAAAGUGAGUUGAUUUACUGUCGGUAAUCUGACGACCAGUUGUUGCGAGACGGCUCCGCGACGCUUUAUCUACGUGCAAUGGUUGGAGAUGGGAGGGCUUCGUGGAGGAUGUUUGCCUUAACAAAACCAUACAAAUGCGAUUUGCUUAGAAGCGUUCAACCUAAGACAGUUAUUGACGACACUCUCAAAUGUACCGUCAGAGGUUUUAGGCUUCUUUAAGACUCACCCAAAAUUUCUCAUUCUGCUAAUUGCCUUUCCGUAACCUCCCGAUUCAAAAAUGCGAUUUUAUUGAACUUGUGACUGCCCUUUAUUUUGAUCAAAAUUAAAUACAUUGACACCGAUUGUCAAUAUACCAAAAGCAUCUCUCCAAAGCACCAGCUCGAGAGGUGAAUUUAUGAAGCAAAUUGCCACUUCUUUUGUCAUCGCCGGAGGACUCUCUACUCUUGCCCCUGAGCCCGCCAAUGCCGGAUGGGCCACUGGACCUGGAAGUGCUGUUAUCGAUCCAAAGGAGUCUAUUAUCGAUGAUGAAAUUUUCAGAACCGCCCCUGUUCAAAAAGCUCUGAAAGCCGUCAAGAAUUACGCGUCUACCGUUACAGAGAUGAAGAAAGCUCUCAGCGCUAAUUCUCAAGUUGAUUUGAAACCAGUUCUGAGAAAGGAAUUCGAAUUUUCUGCUCUGCGUAGCGAUUUGAAUACCCUGAACACCGCCUUCGACGAAGACACACAGCGAGGUACCGACCGAUUGAUCCGAGUUAUUCUUCAGGAUCUUAAUGAGUUGGAGGUUGCUAAUGCGCAAAAAGAAGGAAUCCCUCGAAGUGAUAUCCGUUUGGCCAAAAUGAAUGGAAAACUCGAGAAAUUGCAAACUGCCUUCGACACACUGCUCCAAUUCUCACCUGCUGCCGUUGAAAUCAAGGCACCCGAGCCACCCGCUCCUGCCCCCACGACAGAAGCCGUAUAAUACCCUCAUUCCCUCGCACAAUCUUUUUAUCAUUCUGUUUGACACAGAACAAAAACAACCAUUUCCUUUGCUGAAAGUCACUACUGGUCAUAGCAUUUUAACUUCACUAGGUCAGAUCCUUCUUUCUUUCAUCUCUCUGUAAAAUAAUAGUUUCUCCACCUA